AUGCGUUCCACCAUAACCCUCACCCCCAGUGUCCCAAGUGCCACCGGCCUCGGCAGUGCCACCCUGCCGGCCAAUCAGGACUCCAUGUCCGCACCCGCUGCCUACCUCUGCUCUGUGCUGCCCUCCCAGUCCGCCUUCUCCCCUUUUUCCUCCUCCAAGCUGUCUCCCAACUCCAGCCUUUCCCGCCUCCCAACCUCCCCCUCCCGCUCCCCACCUGCCCCCUCCAGCCCGCUCCUCCCUAUGAGGGCCUCCUCCUCUCGCUCCUCAAUCCCCCAACAGCCUCUCCCAGUGUCACCUUCCCUCCCUCGCUCCCCUCUCUCUCCCUCCUCCUCCUCCUCCUCCCUGCCACAGCCCAACACUCCCAACGGUCAGAACAGAGUACCUCCUGCUGUGGUCUCCUUGCCCGCAAGCUACAAGGGAGCGCCGAUCAUCCUUCCCAAGCCCAUCCUGAAGAAGUCUGUAGCUCCUCGGCCGUCUUCCUCUCGCUCAACAGAUGAAGACAUUCAGGGCUCCAAAGACGCCCUCAUCCAGGAUCUGGAGAAGAAGCUGCGCUCUAAGGAGGCCAGGAGGAGAAACAGCCAGAAACUGUCCUAUGAGGAGCGCAUGGCUCGUAGGCUGCUGGGUCCAGACAACGCCAACAACAUGUUUGACCAAGACAGUCUCUCAGACUCACAACCCGACCAGCCAGAUUCACCAGAAGGAAGACACACAGGUGGACUCUGGGGGAGGCGCCACACAGGGACAGAUGAGAGGGGAAACGAAGGCUCAGCUAUCCAGGAGAAAUGUUACGCUCCUCGCUUCCUCCAGGUCCCAUCAGACCUCACUGUAGAGGAGGGACGCUUCUGUAGGAUUGACUUCAAGGUCGGAGGCCUCCCAAUGCCAGACGUUUGCUGGUACCUGGACGGUAAAGCCAUCCGUCCGGACGACUUCCAUAAGAUGUUGGUGUGUGAGAAAGGGAUGCACUCAUUCCUCAUAGAGAUCGUCACAGUACACCACGCCGGCGUCUAUGAGUGUGUGGCCAGGAAUCGAGCAGGGGAGGGCCGAUUUUCCAUGAAGCUUGAUGUACUAGCCCAGGAGGCUCUCCGUCCUCCCACCUUCGUCCAGAAGAUGUUGAACUCCAGAGCUCUAGAGGGUGACACUGUUCGGUUAGAAUGUAAAGUGGACGCUUCUCCUUCUCCACAGCUCUUCUGGAAGAAAGAUAAAGACAUGCUGCGCAUCGACCCAAACAGAAUGAGUCUGUAUCAGGACGGUUCAGGCCGGCAGUGCUUGCUGCUAGAGAGGGUGAUGAAGUCUGAUGCCGGUUGGUACACUCUAUCCGCCAUCAAUGAGGCUGGCAUGUCCACGUGCAACGCCAGGCUGGACGUCGGCACUCGCACGGCCCCGCCCAUGAAGACGGCCCCGCCCGGCUCCAAGACGCUGAAGCUGCUGUCCUCUCUGAGCCACGUGUCCUCCCUGAGGGUGGAGAGCCCCGCCCAGCACACCGCCCAGCACACCGCCCCUCUGUACGAGAGCGAAGAGCUGUAGACCCCCAACUAAACCCAGUCACAUCCUCACAGAACCAUCACACACCUCACAAGAGUUCAACUGGGCCGCAGCCUGUAUUAGCCGUCAUCUCAAGGGUAGAUGUGAUUCUAACUGUGCUUUGGUUCAGAUCAACACUACUGCAGCAGACCAGAACACUUUUGAGGCCAAUGCAUGUCAGGUUACCAAGAUUGUGGGUUUUAUUGUUGUACUAAAUUAUUAUUUGCUAUUUCUUGAACCAAUUAAGUUUUCGAGAUAAAGUUACAUUUACAGGAAAAGUAUUCUAAAUAGACUGUGAUAGGGUAUUUGAUUAUUUUUCUUCACUAUCAAAAGAACCUUUCUUCCACCCGUUAGAUGUUAACGUGUUGAGGAAACGACAACCCUCGCCAUACGGAGCCCUCAGAGCUCCUCUGAGAGACAUGUUUCCACAGUCAAGUGCCUUCUGAGUUAAAAUAAGCGCCCUCAUGCUGCCCAUCUGCUGCUGUGUGUCACCACUGUGCCUGUCCCGUCUCUGUCUGCGUGUUGCUAAAGGCUGCAGAGCUGAUCUUUGAUACAUGGCUAUAAGCCCGUCUGUUCUGCUCUCAGCAUAAGCGGUGUGUUUAGGUCACUGAUAUAUUAAUAGACCUGGAUACAGUGUGGCAGAGUCAGACCUGCUGCCAGUUUUAGCCCAGCGGACAACUACAAUACUGCAACGCCAGACCCCCUGUAGUCCAGAAAGCGUUUUCCUCAUAGAAAGCUGACGACAAGGAUAUCUCAAACAGCACACGAGGUGGGAGAGGUGUCUGUCGCUCUCUUUGUUGGUCUAUGUUUGAACAACAGGAAGCAACUUAAGAGUACAGUACACAUUGGUGAUGAGUGUGUCGACCCACAACCCGCGGGUCGGGCGGGAUAGGGGCUUAGCUCCCUAAAGAAUGUCACAGGUUCAGGCGGGUGGGUCAAAAAGUGACAAAUCAGCUUCAACUUAUUAAAAAACGUAUAGACACAUUGUCUGCAAUAGGCUUUUUGGGUGGUUUGACAGAUUGACUCUUGUAACAUGUCGGGGGUAAUUAAAAGAAAACGCUGAACCCACCAGUACCCACAGUCCAACACUGCAAACAUCUCCCUCUGCACUUUAACCCUGACGACUGCCCGCUGCCUCAUCCAUCACCUGCUCUCCUUUUCUUCCAGCUCACAGCUGAUUUUGUGUCUGAGCCUUCCGAACUGAAGUUCCCUGUCGCUAAACUACAGCUGCUGCUUCUGAUGACGUGUGUCUGUAGAGCUCCUUUAACUGAAGAGGGUAUCUGACGGUUUAAAGAGAGCUCAGAUGUCACUCGCUGCUCAGAUUCUCUGCUGUGGAAUGAAUUCAGUCCUAUAUGUGUUUUUAAAGUUGGUUGCUAUUGUUACUUGUACGUGAACGAACUGAGGUUAUUAGUGAUCAGUGUUGGAGCUUGAAGAGUUUUCAUAUCAAUGAGUUAGACAAACAACUAUAGGCCGCCACUCGGAACACAAAACCUGAUCUCAAAAGACAAAACAUACUUUUAUUUGAGCACAUCUGCAGUGCAGAUACAUGAUUUUACACUUCAGUGCAUUGAUUCUGUCUGUUCAGUUGACCGAAUGCUCCCCGUUUCUGACGAGAGCUUUGAAUGAGAAGAUCUAUCCAAAAGACGCUUGAUUUGCUCACCUUGGAACUGCUUGGUGUUAAUGUCAGCCAGGAUGUCUUCUCACAGAAACCUGGUAUUUUUGUCUGGAUCUCCAUGCAAAGAGAUAAUCUGGUAUUAACCAUAAGGGCCACAGUUCAGUCUGCUCAUGGUAGAGAUCCCCUUUAAGAUGCCCAAAACAUCUGAGGUCAAAAGAUUUACUUCCACUCAGAACUAAAGGUUCAAGAUGAAGUAUAUCUUCAGUUUUUCAGUGUGUAAACGUUGGAUUUUUCUGUUGAGAUUUUAAACAGCAGGUAGUUGUGUGUGUUCUCCCUGAGUAUUGUUUGUUGUGUAAGUUCUACUUAUCAUUGGAUGAAUGAGGAAUAAAGUUAU